CCUAGAAACACAUGUUCCGAUAUAACAUGACAUGCUUUCAUAAUUUACACAAAAUGAACUUGUUAUAUGACCCGAAAUGGGGUUGUAGGCGUGUAAAAGUUAUGAAUGAGACUUAGUCAACAUUGAUUUAUAAAAAAAAGUAUCGUUUUAUGUCAGUUACAAAUGAUAAUCAUAAAUUGCAAAUAGAUGUUUCAUCUUUUGUUAGAAAAUAAACCGAAUGUGGCGCAUACCGAGAAGACCGCAGUUCGAUUCCUGCGUUUCAGAGAUUUGAAAUGAACGGAACACGGAACGCGCACUCGGCGAUUUACAAUCAUAAACUUGAGUUUGCUUUGUACUUAUCACUGGAGCAUGGUUUUAUUAUGAUUUUUGAGCGCCAGGUGGCCGCGUUUUUGUUGUCCGUUUGUCGAAGAGUACAGGUCUCAGCGCCAUUACAUCGAUAAAUGUCAUUGUGUUCGCGCGUCCUACUUAAUUGAUUUUCCAAGCAAUAAAUAAAUUAAAAAUAUAAAACUAAUUGAUAUGUCGGCUAAACGGAAAAAUCCGACCACCAAAAAAGGUCGUGGAAAAUCAAGAAAAGUUGAAUAUGACGAAGAGGACAUUUCUAGUGAACACGAUUCAGAUGUCGAUGACGCCGAGACCGGCUCGAAUGCCGACGGUGAGGACGCUGCCGAAGAUGAUCUUACCGAUGUCUCCACUAUCCCGGAAUUGCCGCCACCUGAGGGAGGAUGGGGAAAGCCUGGAACAUUGCUCAUGUGUGGCCUCACAAAUUGGGACAUGGCAGGUCGCAAAGCUCCACCAAAAGGAGUAAAAGUUAAUGUUGGACGUAGUUUGUGGACACCGCAUACCUUUAAAAAUUUAAAUGGCGCUCGUGUCAGAUUAAUUGCCUCUGGCCCAGCUGCUUCUCAUAGUAUUAUCGUUACGGAAGAUAAUAGAUGCUUAGCUUUCGGUAGAAAUGAUAAAGGUCAACUAGGUGUCGGUGAUAUGAAACGUCGGGAUGAACCUACUGAAGUUACAGCGUUAAAGGGACAUACGGUUAUAGCAGCAUCUUGUGGUCGUAAUCACACUUUAUUUUUAACGAGUCGCGGUAUAGUUUUUGCUGCUGGAGACAAUAAAUUAGGUCAAUGCGGGGUUGGGAAAUCCGAUGCCUGCAUUGUUUCUGCUACUAAAGUAAAAUACUCUGGUCCUCCCAUAGUUAAAGUAGGAUGUGGAGCCGAAUUUUCUAUGAUUUUGGAUAUUAAAGGUGGUCUGCACUCAUUCGGUAGCCCGGAAUACGGAGCACUGGGCCACAAUACGGAUGGAAAAUAUUUCAUAACGAAUACGAAAAUGGCGUUUCAUUUUGAGAAAGUGCCUAAGAGAAUUGUUUUAUACGUCGAGAGAGCAAAGGAUGGUCACGUUACACCUUUAGAUCGUGUCGAGAUUACAGAUUUCAGUUGUGGACACCAUCACACCGUUGCAAUUGAUAGCAAAAAUCGUGCAUUCUCCUGGGGAUUCGGUGGUAUUGGCCGUCUAGGCCAUAAUGAGCAACGAGACGAAUUAGUGCCACGUUUAAUUAAAUUCUUAGAGCCACCAAAUAGAGGUGUAAGAGCUGUAUACUGCGGUAGCACUUAUAGUAUUGCCAUUAAUGUUCAUGGAUCAGCCUUAAUGUUUGGACAAACAAAACGUACAGGAGAAGCGAAUAUGUAUCCAAAACCAAUUCAAGAUUUGUCUGGUUGGGAGAUUAGAUGCGUUGGAUGUUCACAAACUAGUGUAGUAGUUGCAGCCGACGAUUCAGUUAUUGCUUGGGGUGCUAGUCCUACUUUUGGUGAAUUGGGUUUCGGUGAAAUGCGUAAGUCUUCGACCACUCCUAUGGAAGUGAAAGCGCUGGAAGGUUUGUAUAUUACUGCUGUUACCUGUGGUCUCUCUCAUACACUUAUGAUUUGCCGAGAUGAAUCUGAGGAUGAAAAAGCUAAGAUUAACAAACUUCAAGUAUAUUCAGUUUAAGUUACUUGAUUUGCAUUUUACUCACUUAAAAGGGAAAUGCUACCGAAUUAUCGCGUAGGCGUACUCAGAAACUUUUCUGUAUUUGUCGUAAUUAUUACUAUAUUGAAGUUAGGUCAUAAACAAAGAUACAUCACC